AAACACAGCUGGCCAACAUUAGUGCACAAGCGCUGAGGAUUAGCGAUUAUUGGAUAUCUGAAGCCAGAAGGACAUAUUUUUUUAAUUAUUAUUAUUAGAAAUCCAUCGCAAGGUCAGUUUAAUCAUGGAGAUAGUCAUCAGAAUGCUGGGUGGGACGUCCCGCACGCUCAAAGUAAACCCACACGACACAGUGGGCUCUCUGAAGAUGCUCAUCCAGCAGGAGCUGGGGGUUCCCGCUGCCAGGCAGAAGCUGGUCUUCACGAACGGGUCGAGCACACCUCUGAACGACGACUCCAUGACCCUGAGCUCCUACAACAUUGAGCCGGGCUCCCAGGUGUCUCUGCUGGUCACCCAGCCGUCCACCUUCCAGGUGUUCCUGAAAAACGAGACGGGGACGACCAGCACCUACGAUAUCACACCCGACGAGACGGUGGAGGGAUUCAGGGGGAGAGUGGAGAAGAGACAGGGGGUUCCUGCGAACCAGCAGAGGCUGAUCCAUGAGGGCCGGGAGAUGCAGACCGGAAAACUGUCCAACUACAACGUGAAGGAACACAGCACCAUCUUCUUGACUCUGCGUCUGAGAGGAGGCUGAGGACGUUCUCAUGGUGAACAAGAAGAAGACAUUCCAGUUUUUUUGUAUUUAAACAAGUGUAAUUAUAAUGUAUUAUGUAGCAGUAACAAUAAUAAUAAAAGUCAGUCAUGACAAA